AUGGGCAAGAAGCGUGCGCGCGAAGAGGUCAAGGACGUCCCACCUGCAGACGUUAACAUGAUGGAUGAGGACGGUUCCGAUGAUGAGGAUUUCGAUAUGGUCAAUGUCGACUUCGAGUGGUUCAACUUUGAUCCUGAGGUCGAUUUCCACGGAACCAAAACGCUUUUGCGACAACUAUUCGACGUUGAUGCGAACCUCUUCAACAUGUCUGCCCUCGCCGAUAUCGUUCUUUCGCAACCCACUAUUGGUUCAACUAUCAAAGUUGACGGCAAGGCCAACGAUGCCUACGCCCUUCUCACCGUCCUCAACACAGCUGUUCACCAAGACAAGGAGCCAAUGAAGGAUAUCAUCAAGUACCUUGUGGAAAAGGCGCAAACCAAUUCGUCUCUAGCACCUAUUGCCGACGUCCUCGGCAGCGGCAAGCAUGUAGGACUCGUCUUCUCUGAACGUCUCAUUAACAUGCCUUCUGAGCUGGCACCACCACUCUAUUCGAUGCUUGUCGACGAGGUUGAGGCGGCUGUGGAGGACAAGGAGCCUUACAAUUUCUCCCACUAUUUGAUCUUGUCCAAGACAUAUCAGGAGCUUGAGUCGAAACUCGAUGUCGAAAACCAGAAGCGCAAGAAGGCCAAGGAGGAAGCCGGCAUGUAUUAUUUCCAUAUGGAGGACGAGGUGCUACACAAGCAUGCGGUCGCGCACGGAAACUUCAACUACACAAAAGAGGACGAGCUGGCAGCAGACAGCAAGCGGGCAUUCCAGGAGAUGGGCGUCAAGGCGCAUGGGCACAUGAUCCUUAUUGAAGCAAGCAAGUUCCCUGGAGCAGUCAAGUCCGUUAAUGAAUAUCUGAGCGCUGCGCAAUAG